AUGCUUAUGGUCGAUUUAGCUGUACCUCGUGAUAUAGAUCCAAAAGUUGAAAGUUUGGAUGCACAACGACGUCAAGCUGCGGUCGAAGCAGAGGUUAUGGUCAAUCAACUGGUGACUCAGUUGGUGACACAGCAAAAAGUAAAAGAAGCAGGUGGGACGAUUCAACAGUUUCGUGAGCACGGUGAAGAACAACGUCAGAUGGAGUUGUCGCAUGCUUUAGAGCGUAUUCAGGCAGAAUGCUUUGCAAAGCCUGUAAAAGACAGUGAUGUAUUAUUGAACCAAGCAAUCAAGGAUCUACAUAGCCUCUCUACUCAGGGUGGAAUUAUGGGGCCUUAUGGCUCCUCAAUGGAAGAGGCCAAUAGCCAUAUGAAUUUUUUGUAUUACAAAAUACUUGAUAAGCUCAAUGAAGCGUUCAUUGAGUUGUUUACGCCAAAGAGUAAUCUGAAGCCAAUUUAUCUGCCAUUUCAGGCGCCUCAGCCAAAGCCUGAAUAUUGGUGCGUUGUAUGA